AUGGAUCGUACGAUUGCUGAAAUGAUUGCCCUCCAAAACUUACCCUUUCAUUUUGUCGAAGGUACAGGAUUUCGUAGAGUAAUGCAAGCUGCUCUUCCAAAGUACAAGAUAAGAGGCCGUGAUUUUUUUUCUUCCUAUGUGUGCGACAAUUUGUACAAUAAGUUAGCAAAGAAAACCAAAGAUUUACUUGAAGAAUUUGACAAGUUAUCUUUUACAAGCGACAUAUGGUCGGAACUUCAUUCUGCUGUUUCAUUGCUUAGUUUAACUGCUCAUGGGAUCUCAAAAGAUUUUCGCAAAAAGACUAUAAUUUUGAAAUGUGAAGUCAUGGAUGAACGUCAUACGGGCACCAUAAUAUCAACAAAGUUUCAAACGAUUCUUGAAGAAUGGGGCAUUGAUCGCCAAAAAGUUCACUGCAUGGUUCGUGAUCGUGGAUCCAACAUGGUUAGAGCAAUGCAGUUGUCAGGCUUUGAGGAUAUCAGUUGCGCAAUACACCAAAUUCAGCUGUGCAUACGAGCAGGUGUUGAAUCUCAAGAGUGGCUCCUACAACUUAUUGCUAAAUUGAAAAAAAUUGCCACCCAUUUCAAUCAUUCCUUGGUCGCACAGGCAGAGCUUACAAAAAUUCAAAAGGAACGCCUUAAUCAGUCUCCUCUUUCUGUCAUUCAGGAUUGUCCUACAAGUAUUUCAUCAGUCAUACCAUUAAUUCAAGUUCUUAAGACCACAUUACAACAAGAAGAGACGAAACCUAAUACUUCAGAACAAUUCAUAAAUUUUAUAACAAAAUUACGCGAUGAAUUGAAUUCAAGUGUAAGAUUUGGAAACCUGGUCGAAGACGACAAAUACACUAUUGCGACGUAUUUGGAUCCGCGAUAUAAAUCGCAUUUUUUCACCAGCGUCAUUGCAGAGCAGGUUGAAUCUAAAUUACUUAAUAUGACGAUUAACACUAUUAGAACCAGACAAUCCAAUUCCAUCCAAGAUGAUGACUGCGAACCUUCCCCCAAAAGAAGCCGAACUCAAAUUGCAAUUGAAGACAUUGAAGUCCAGCCUUCUACUUCCAAAUCAUCAGCAUCAUUGCAAAUAUUGGAAUCGAUGUUAAGUGUAAAUGAAGACCAGGAGGAGGACUCUUCUACAGCUGACGAUGGUGACAAUUUACUUUUAAAGAUACAGUCACACCUUCGGGAGUACAAGAAAGAAAAAAGGCUACCUCUUCAUGAGGAUCCCCUUAUGUGGUGGAAUGGAAAUGCGCACAAAUAUAAUAAUAUUUUGCCAAUAGUUCGCCAAUACUUAUCAGCUCCCCCCAGCAGUGUAGCCAGCGAGCAAUUAUUUAGCGGAGCUGGUUUAAUAUAUGAAGAACAUCGAAAUAGGCUGAAAGGUGAAAAAGCGGCCAAGUUACUCUUUAUUAAAUAUAACUUGCCGCUGUUUAAUUUUGACUAC